GUGUGCAAAGCCAAACCGAGCUGCCACGGCUCGGAGAGCUCUCCUUUCUGGGCUGACCACCACAGCGGUCCCUCUGAGCCGUCCCCUCCUCCCCAUCCCCUCCCCUCCCCUCUGCAGCCUCGUCCAUCCCGUGAUCCGCUCUUUUGUGUGCGGCAUUAAAGAGGAGGAGACGGUCUCCGUGCUAUACUGUUUGCUCCUGGAUGGGGAGGAGCCAGUUGUGUGGACCGUAUUGCGCUGCAAAGCACAACGAGCGCAGGGAAGAAGGGAAAACGACUGUUAAUCCUUCAAAGGAGACCCUGUGGUGGACAGUCGAGGACUAAUUUUAACCAUGUUAAGGACGGAAGCAGAGGAGGAAAAGUGAACCACAUGAUCAGCCCACUGAAAGAGCACCGAAUUAGCAAUGUUCCCCUCAGGCAGGGAUUACCUCCUCUUCAGCGUCUCCCUCUCCAUCUCUCCCACUCUUCUUCGCCCGUACAGCGGAAUAGCCGACCAGCUCCGAGACUCUGAUCCGUGAGAGCUCUCACUGCGCUCAUCCGCUCACGCGCAGAUCAAACAAAGACGCGCUGCAUUAUCUGCGUCCCGCCCAUGGUUCGUGAGCCUGUUCUCCUUAGCUGCUCCCGCUCAAAGCUCAGAUCAUGAAGAGGCCCAAGCAACAGACAGGGCCUCUGAGCUUCCUCAACUUCUUCAGCCGCAAGCCCAAAUCCGAGCCCAAGCCCGAGAGGCCUGUGGAGUCCUGGCCAAAAGAAGAGGUGCCAAUCACGCUGACACCGAGCGAGCAUCCAGAGCAGGACAUCAGCCUUGCAGAAAUUGAUGCUGGAAAGUCAGGAGCUUCUGGAGCAGAGGGAGCAGAAGAAGCAAGCCUGCAAGUUGCAGCAGAGGUGGCAAAGACCGGCCCCGCCACAGAGGAGUGUGCGGGUGGGGCCAGCAGUGGCUCCACUGGUGUCCUUUCCCUCUCCUCCUCCAGCCAGGAGCAGCUACUGGAUGAACACCUGGAGGAGUGCCCGCUGUGCCUGCUCAGCCAGCCCCGCUGCCACUUCCCGCGCCUCAGCUCCUGCUCGCACCGGGCUUGCUCCGACUGCCUUCGCCAGUACCUGCGCAUCGAGAUAUCGGAGAGCAGGGUGAGCAUUGCGUGCCCGCAGUGCCCCGAGGCGCUGGCGCCACUGGAUGUCCGCGCCAUCCUGGACGACCGGGCGCUGCUAGAGAGAUUCGAGGAGUUCCACCUGAGGCGUUUUUUGGCUGCUGACCCAGACACACGCUGGUGCCCGGCCCCCGACUGCAGCUAUGCAGUCAUAGCUUACGGCUGUGCCGAGUGUCCCAAGCUGAGCUGCGGCCGUGAGGGGUGCGACACCGAGUUCUGCUACCACUGUCGGCAGCUGUGGCACCCCAACCAGACGUGCGACCAGGCGCGCCGUCAGCGUGCCCGCCACGCUUCAGGUGGAAACGAUGCCUCUGGAAUGUAUGUCUUCAAUGAAGAGCCAGGAGGAGAUGCGGAGGAAAUCAAAGCAUGUCCUCGCUGCGGCGCCUACAUCAUGAAGACGAAUGAUGGCAGCUGUAACCGCAUGAACUGCACUGUGUGUGCCUGUCAGUUCUGCUGGCUGUGUAUGCAGGAGAUCACCGAUGUGCACUACCUCAGUCCCUCAGGUUGUACAUUUUGGGGGAAGAAGCCAUGGUCUCAAACUCGAAAAGUACUGUGGCAGGUGGGCAUGUUGCUCGGAGCACCUGUGGUCAUCUCCCUUAUAGCGGGCAUUGCCAUCCCAGUCAUCAUAGUGGGUAUACCGAUCUACAUGGGUCGUAAGGUCCAUGGCCGUUGCAAGAAAAACAAUAUCUCAGGAAGUAAGCACUACUUAACGGUGGCAAGUGGGGUGAUGAUGUCCGUGUUUGUGUCGCCAGUCAUAGCAGCUGUCACCGUGGGUGUGGGCGUGCCGCUAAUGCUGAUGUACGUCUAUGGGAUCGUUCCCAUGUCGCUCUGCAGGAACGGCUGGUGUCGACCCCAGGGUGACCCACCGGAAACUAACAAGAUACAACUGGAAGACUUAGCAAGCUAUCUGCUAUUCUCUAAUGUAGUCACUGAUCACUGGACGGGCCAGAACAACGCAGCCCUCAGUGACACCAGUCUCCAGGAAGUCAGAGUCAGCGUACAGGAAGUGGGCGUCCGACCAAGUACAAGCACUGUGCCCCCAGACUUAGAGAGAUACGUGGGAUUGGAUGAAGCGACGACACGCCAGGAUUACCUCCAGCAAAACAGCCAGUCUGACUGUGAGGUUGCUAGUGUGCCCGACGGCAAACUAGAUGAAAGCCAAUCGCCUACGUUUAGCAUGGAAGGAACAAAUAUUGAAGUGUGUGUAGAGAUUGAAACCCAUCCAAGAGGAGCCCGACACUCCAGCCUAAGUAGCGUGCUGUCGAGCCGGAGCCUGUCGGCUGAGUCUGUGGGACACUCCCAAGAUUAUUCCCGUGCCUCAGGACUGGACGAAAGACGAGAAACGCCGGGACACGGAGAGGACCUCAACAGGCGAGAGAAACUGGGAAGGAAAGCACGAGGGAUAGAAGAGACAUGUUUCCAAGUCAUUGAAGCAGUGGAUGUAUGAGGUCCCUCCCUCUGAGAUGUGGGCAGGUUUAAUUAAAACAGACACAUCUGUGAAGCGACCUGUCUUUGGAUGGACCUGAGAAUCCUCAGCCAUCUCCUGCUUUUUAAAACCGGCCCUCCCACCAGAUGCCUUCACGCUCCACCUCCUGAGGAAAGUUGCGGGUUCAAACAGAGCAAGCUGGAUUUAAGAUGAAUGUGUUCAAGUUUAUAUAAGCAUGAGACUGUGACAUAGAAAGUAAUGCUAUGAACUAUAAAGGACACAGGAAAGCAUGAUAGCUGGCUAGUUCAGACUGUUUUCCUUUGUUAUCCUUACUGACACAAACUACCUUACCUUCUCUCUAUUUAAAAAAAUCUCUCCUUAAAAUCCUCACUUUAUUUGGCUGUUCACAUUUAGUCCCUACCUCUCUCUUUCUUCGCCCUUUACAAGUAAUAGUACCACGGAUGGCAUGGUUCAUUUCAGGACGGGGGGGCUUGAGAAUCCAAAAGCUGUCAUCUUACCAAUCUAAUUUCUGUUUCACAAGCCAUGUUGCAAGACGGAAAGAACGUUUUUUUCUAAGUCCAGCAGUGCAGUUUACUGAUGAAUGGACGGCCUUUAACGGAUGCAUGCCGCAAUUGUUGCAAAAGUGUUUGUGCUUACAAUCCAUUAGUGGGAUCAGACAUGCUCUGUGAUGAUGAUGCUGCAGAACACGGGACUCAUAAAAAAAAAAAAAACAGGAUUCGCAACUCUAACACGUAUCCACCGUCUUCCAGGGAAGCAGCUGGGCGCAGUGACAUUUUUGCAUUCUUUCAGUGCCGCGUUAAGCCUUUGAGAAGUUUGAGAAGCUGUAGAAGAGAGAGAGAUGUGUUUGUAGUCUGCAAAAAAAAAAAAAAGCUCACCUUAAUGCAAAGCCACACAGCAGAAACACCGCAGUCUUAACUUUUAGCAGCUGCGUGGUUGCACAAGCAGCAGCGUUUCCACAAUAACAUAAACCUGCACAGAUUCUCUGAUACGCACCUGUUAGCAUAGCAGCAGUAAAGUGUGCCGCUGAGUAAAUUGCUAUAUACUCUUCAUCACCCGCCGGGGUCAUCACAGAACACCAGAACUACAACAGCAGCAUGGCGAAACUGGAACCAUCCCCUCCAGAUGAUUUGUUAGGACCAUCUGACUUAUGCACUGCUUAACUUCCAGGGCGUGAAAUAAAACUUGAUCUCGACAUGAAAACCUGUGCUGGGUUAUGGACAGAAGCCGAAUAAAGAUUUCACCGUGAAGGAUAAAUACA